CGCGCGCGCUCGCGGGAGGUGGGGGCACGGAGCGGCGAUAGAGCUACAGCUCAGCUGCAGCAAACAUCAUUGUGCGAGCGGAGGGGAGACGAAUCCGCCGGCAGUGCGCGAAAACGCACGGACCCCUGGUAACACGGAGAGCCGUGCGCUUCCCUGCCCGUUGAACCGUACAGGAAUGGUGAGGGGUGCCAGACAUACACAGCCGUGGAAAGAUAGAGUGGGAAACACAAGCCGUCCCCUCAGACAACAGGUGGAGAGAUUUACCAGUCGCUUCAACUGAACCCUGCUCUCCAAUUCACCUUAGGAACCUUCUGCCACCCCUGUUCUCCUAUUGGGCUGUGCUGGAGGCCUGCGCUGAGACUACAAACUGUGUUGGGAUUUUGUAAUCACCUCAAUGGACUGCAACACAUACUGAACACUGGAGGCUUGAGCUGAAUGAGGUUCUUCCUGCAGUCCUGGAGACUUACUCUCAGAGGGAAAUGAUUCCGCAUGAAUUGCAUGGACCGCUCUCCCACAGCAGGAGUGACUUCCUUUGCUUACGAUUGAAAUCUGUGUCCAUCCAACCCUAAGCACAGGACACAUUCCCUUCCAGCACCACUCUCCUCUUGACCCCAUCCCUAUUCUCAACCUGAUAAGUGGGAGGGAUACGAUAUACAGAGACAAAUAGAGAGGGCUAUAGAGAGUCAGGGGAAAGAAACAUCAAGAAAGAGUGGUACAGGGUACAUACACACCAUGAAGUCAACGCAGAACGAAUGCCUGCCCCCCAAAAAACGUGAGAUCCCAGCAAGCACUCUGCCCUCAGAGGAGAGGCCCAUGGUUAUGGCGCCUGCCAAUGAGAGCCAACGUGGGGGGAACCUCGCCUGGCUUGCCAGUCUGGCAAGUGGGCAUGAUAAAGGCACCAGGCACACCAGCACCUCUGCAGAACACGAUGGGCCUCAAUACAAACCAAUGUCUGCCCCUGCUGAAAGUGCACUUCCUUUAUCAACACACUCACAGAGAGCUCCAAUUGCAGUGACCACCAUACCCGCAGUGUACACGUCACCGCUCUCACACCCAGCAGGCACCAUCCAGUACACACCCCUGCCCCCAAAUGUGCACUUUAUCAGCUCACCAUAUGCAGCACCAUAUCCUGGCUACAUCUCUCCGCUAGUACCCCAGUCUGCUGUCGCCACCAGCACCACACAGCGUGAUGCUUACGCUAGCACCUCCAGUUCUUCCGCAUCUAAAAUUGACCAACACCAUCAGCUGGGUCGUCCAACAUCUGAUAGCACAUCUUUGCCCCACUCCACCCAGUAUGUGCAAAUUGCUGGUUCUGUAAACGUAUCCUCUCGGACUGCUGCAUCUCCCCAUGGUCACAUGCCCCUACACUUACACCCUCACCACACGCUUCCCAUCAGUGGCGCCUCACAAGUCUUUCUUCAGUGCACAGAUGGACUUUUCCCCAAGAGGGAGGAUAACAGGCCUAGGGAGAUCCUAAAUGGAGAGCUGGAGAAGGACAAACGCUUUGGUCCAUCUCCAGAGUCCAGUGCAGGGAAGCAGGGCAGCAGCACUGCCAAAGGGAGCUCCUUCAACCAACAGCACCAGAUUCACCAGCAGCAGAGCCUGCAACACUUUGAGGCUCGCCACUUGGUGCUUCCUGUUGAAUAUACACAAGAUAGUGCAGCCAUGCGGACCUCUUUAGUGCUUAUACCCAACAGUCAUAACUCUAGUGUUGGUGACCCUGGAGGUACACCGGACAAGCUGCCUCCCCCAACAUCCCACAGUGAUAAAGGAGGGAUUUGUGCUGGCAAACCAGUAUCUCGCAUUUCCUCCACCUCUGCAUCCCAUCCUUUUCCUCCUCCGCCUCCACCUGUGGACAAUCUAAAGGGAGCAGUUACUGCACUGUCCCCACAUGCAGUCAUCCAGACCACACACAACACCACAGAGUCACUUUCCCUGGGCCUUCCCUCUAACAGUUUCUACUCUGCACAGCAGCCCAUAAUUGGUUACAUUGCUGGCACAGGGCACCAGCAGCCUCUCAGCUACCACACCAGCCUGCCCCAGCACCUGGUCAUUCCUGGAACUCAGCCGGUCAUCAUCCCAGUAAGUGGAACAGAAGCUUCCACCACAUCAACUUCGCCACCCUUGCCUGCAGCACUGCCCCACGCGUUCAUCACCUCAACGCCCCCCAAGGUGGAGUCUUUUGAGGCUCCGGCCCCUUAUCCCCACCCUGCUGCAGCGGUGCUUCAAGCCCAGCUACACCUGCCUGUGGUUCCAGCCUCUGCUGGUCUGCUAACGACUCCACCUCCAUCUUCAUCUCCCUCGCUGCCCCCUUACUUCACUAAGGGCUCUAUCAUCCAGCUGGCAGAUGGGGAGCUGAAGCGAGUGGAGGACCUGAAGACAGAGGAUUUUAUUCAGAGUGCUGAGAUCAGCAAUGAACUGAAGAUCGACUCCAGCACUGUAGAGCGCAUUGAUAACAGUCAUACAACUAACUUCGCAAUUAUACAGUUUGCUGUAGGAGAGCAUCGUUCACAGGUCAGCGUGGAGGUUCUCAUCGAGUAUCCGUUCUUCGUGUUUGGUCAGGGCUGGUCAUCCUGUUGUCCCGAACGGACCACCCAGCUGCUGGAGCUGCCGUGCACCAAGCUGUCAGUGGGUGACGUCUGCAUUUCUCUUACCCUGAAAAACCUAAGGAACGGCUCUAUCAAGAAGAACCAAGGCCAAGUUUUGGAAGGGCCAACCCUCGGUCCACCCUUCAAGUCACCCAAAGCACACUCGAGUGGGGCGCGAGGGGGUCGUCGACACACAGAACAGGAGAAUGGACUUGGGCAGUGCAGUGGCGGUGGCGCUCAGGGCAAUGGAGAGAAUGGAGAACUGAGGUUUGGGGAAAGGGACAUCUUCAAAGCACCACUACCCACUGAAUCAGAGUCCAACAGCAAACCCACAGGACGCAAAAGGAGAUGGUCAGCACCUGAAGGCCGCAAAGUAGAAAAUCCAGAUGGAGAGCCCCCUUUAACGUUCCCCAAGCCUUCAUUUAUCCCUCAGGAGGUUAAAAUUAGUAUCGAAGGCAAAUCAAAUAUUGGCAAGUGAAUGCCCGUCAGACUAUCAGAGCUUAAAAAUGAAAUUAUACAUGAAUUUAACCACAGAAUGUUUUUGAUUUCUGACUUUUGAUUUUCUAUCCAGAUUAUUGUACCUUCAAUCUAAAUUGACUUCAUAUGUACAUGAUCACAUCACAUAUUAACAUUGUAAAAGAUGCAUUCAAUAUUACACAGGCGAUUGGUUAAACUCGUUUAAUGUGGGCAAUAUGCAAGAUAAAAAGGUUGUGGUUACCCAAGCAUUGCGUGACUGCCUAAAAGGUAUAUGCAGACCAGUCUCAGCUAACAAGGCUAAAAGUCUCCUAUUUCUGACAUCAUGUACAUUGUUUGGCCCAGUAGUCCAACUAGCAUAAAAAAAUUCACCUUCUGAAUUGAAUAAGCAUGAGAACUUUAGAGAGAGAAGGUGGGAAACUGGUGUGAAUAACAUUGUUAACGGUGGCAGAACGGAUUUCACUUCUUCACUGGUUGCGGGAGUUUACAUGAUGUCAGCCAUCUUGUUUCAUCUGAUGUUUAACUGUGACCUAAAGAGAUUAUCAAUCCUAACAAUCGUUGCUGCAGUUAGACCUGCAUUGAUUACAUUUACCUAUUCAAUAGUAAGAAGAGCUUUUCAACAACUAUGGCAGCAUUUCCCAACCCUUUUCCUGGAGGCACACCAACUCAUUUUGAAUGUCUCCCUUAUCUGACCGAAUUUUUUUCCAUUAUGGAGUAUCUAUUAAUGAGCUGAUUCAGGUGUGUUUAAAUAGGCCUCCAGGAACAGGGUUGGGAAACACUCUAUCAUGGUACAGGCCAAGAAAGAUGAUGUCAUCAAGCAGUGCCAGUUGCUCCUAAGAAGGAUGAAUCUUCAUUUUGAACAGGGAUAAUGGUUGAGUCUAUUUUUAUAAAUAUCCAACUGUCUAACCUUUUUUAAUUUGAUGCUCUUUGUAGUUUUGCAUGUUUUAAUUUUCCGUUUCACUUUUCAAGCCCUCCUAUCAAAACUGAUAUUUGUUUCUUUUUAUGAUGAAUUUGUAAACCUUACAAUCAGGGGUCAUUUUUUACAUAGACAGAAGGGUUCAUGUCUGUGUAUAUGUGCAUGUAUUGAUGCAUACAAACACAAUUGUUCAGUCAUUUAGAAGGGUAGAGCUGAGGUCGACCAGUCCCUGUUUUUGAUAUGACAAGAGAAAAGAGAUUAUUUUGAAAGAAAGGGAAAGAAAGUUGGACGUAACGAGUGGUUGUCCUAAAGCAUUUUAAAAGCCUGUCAUAGCUUAGUCCAAUUAUAAGAUGGGUGGUAAUGAUUAUUAUAAUUAAUAAUACUAUAAUUAUUUUGGUAAUGAUUGCUACUACUAUUUUCUGUUGAUUUUUCAACGUGAACACAGUACUGUAUGAUGAAUUGGAUGUCGUGUGGAAUCACGGGGAUCUCUUACUUUGUGAAGAGAAGAAUGUAACGGGUUUAAGAAAGAAAAAAGGAAAAUGAGAUUUUCGUCCUAGAGAGGACUGCUUUAAAGUACAGUAAGCACUUUUCUCAUCGCGUCUGAUUGGUUCAGCCUCAGCAGCUUGGGUAAAGAUUGGCGCGAUGGGGCGUGGCCUGUAAAACAACUGCCAUUUAAAGCAUUUAAAGAGAUGUAUGAAAGUGUGAAUGCAAGCGAAAAUAAGUACAGAGACUGUCUGAUUAUAUUUACAGAGAGAUUGGGUAAGAGAUUGAAGGCUGUCAUAUACGUUUAUUUGCUAUGUAUGUGAUUGCGUGCAUCAUUGUAUGCGUUCACGCAUUGGCAUAUACGUACAUAAACACACAUACACAUUUAUAUGUGGUUACGGUGAUUUUCAAUCAUGUUGAAAUAUGUCAUGUAUUUUUGUGUACAUUAACAUGUAUAGAACUGCAUAUGCUAUCUAUCUUACUGUAUGAAAGCGCAAGCACGUUGUUUUCAGUCCCGUCGCCCCAAAGACACACUGACUCAUUGAACGUAUGUGAAAUGUAGUAAUUUCAGUAAUUUGUAGUAUAUUUGUGUGUGUUUGAAGAGAGGAUGCGCGAAUGUGUGUGUGCGUAUAAUACCAAGCAUAUUAUAAAUAGAUAUUUAAGUUCUACUUAAAAGAAUAUUGCAAUUUGCACAUCUGGAGAGAUAGUAACACGAUUUUUGUUUGGUUUUCAGCCGGCACAGGAUAGGGCUGUAAACCCGAUUUUACUGAAAUGUAGCAGUUUCUUAACAAGUUUGUCCGGUUGGCAGGAUUGAUUCAUUUGACCCCGCAAUUCUUUUCGAAGCCUCCUUUCCGGGGUCGGAGUAUAGUUUGGUGUAUAGGAGUGAAUCGAGUCAUUGCCUGUGACCUGCUCACUUGUUUGAGUCCUUUGAAUGGUCAGGCUCAAGUUAACUUGAGUGGGUGAAGAUGAUUAGUGGUAGUGAAUGAUGAAUGGAUGGGUUGGUUAACCGAUUUAUUGAGUGGUGGUGGGUGGGUGAGUGCACCCCAUAUAUAAUUUGAAAAUGCUUUAUUUUUUAUAAUAAAACAGGGUUUCACAGAUCAACACCACAACUGUGCAUUUUUUUCUUUUUUCCAUUUGACAUCUGUCCCCGUUUGAAGUGUCUGUGUUUUACUUGGAUUGUAUGUAUCUGCUUCAACCAAUUUUAUUUGAUCUUUCUGUUCAAUGUGUGUUUUUUGGGCCAAAAGGUAGAACUAAGAUGUUAUAUGGCUUGUCCAUUGAUGUGCAUUGCACUGCAAGAACGCGACUUUCAAUAGCAAACCAUUGAUUUAAUCAAUCCCAUUCAUUUUCAGAUUUAGUAGAAGUGCAUUGCUUCAGUAAUACAACAUUCUGGUUGCACAGAGCGUUUCCAUUUUACACACAAGAAGCAUUCCGAUCAACGGCACGUAGCAAUAACCUCUCGUCUUGUGCUGAACCAAAUAAAGCGAACCGGACAUCGAUGCCAGAACUCGGACAUUGACGGUCCGUUCGACCUCGCCGACCACUUUCAUCCGCUUUAGGUUGAUUUUGCGGUUUGCACAGCCGGCCCUCGGUUACUUCAGGGAGAAAUGUACGUUAAUAUGCAGUGACAGAGUCUGUCCCCUCCUAGCCGUCUUAAAUCCUAAUCGAUAGUGACCUCCAGGUUUUUUUUUCAGGUGCCCACACAGAACCAGUACGCCUCUCAUGGCCACGAGGCCCAGAGUAUGUUUACCCAGCCACAACCGUUAGCUACCUUCUGUUGCCUGGCACGUGCGUGCAACCGCCUCCUCUGCCGUCCCAACACCCGAGAACAAUAAAUGACAGGAAGGUUUCAUCUCCCCCUCCUUUGCUCCCUGUUUUGUCUCAUUCACAGCCAUAAAACCUUGACAGUAUUUGUAAUGGACUUUCCUUUGAUUUAACGUCGAGCACCAGUGGUUGUCAAGUUACAUUUUCAGUAAAACAUAUUUUGACAGUCCCUGCGACCAAUCUACUUGAAUGAACUUUUGUUACGUUUCAAAGAAGAACUAUUCAUGCAACGUGAGGGUGAAUUAUCUAGGUUUGGUUUCUGUACCACACUUAUUGACAAGCAUGUCGUCUGUUGGCUUCUGGACUUUAAAGAUGUUUUGCUGUUCGUCUUGGAUCACUCGAAUAAGUGAUUGUAAAAUACUCUCAAAUAUCAAAAGUCCAGUUGCAAAUGAAUGAAAUAUGCCUGACAUUAUACCUAGAUGUUUCACCUCAAUCACAUUUAGUCGUUAUCAUAGAGAAUUAUUAUUUGUACCAAAAUGCGUAAAUAUAAAAGUGAAACCCAACUUUUCCCUCCUCUGUCUUGAAAUGUAUUACAAAUGUCAUUUCUUGUGUCACCUGUAUGUAGCAGUGUUUCUGUGCUCUUCAUUCAGACAACUUACUAGCUCUAUUAUUGUUGUAUAUGUAGUUUAAAACAGCCCGCGGGUUGCGUUUGCUAUUUGUGAGUAAAGAGAGGCAAUUAUUGUAUUUUCACCUGAUGUAUGGUUUUUGCACAUCUGCUUCUUGUCUGUGUUUCUUGUACUUUAGCAGAAGGGUCUGAUGUAGUUGAUAUGAUGUCGUCAUCAUCAGCCUUUCUGUUAAAGGUCAAAAAUCUUUCCUUGGGCUUUACUCAGGGAUGGGAACGGUGUGAAUGCGUGCAUGUUGUUUGAUGGGGGUUUAUAACUUGGAAAGUUUGGUGUAAUUGUAAAGACAUGUGUCGUUUGUUUUCAAGUUGUGUGUUAAACGGUCGUGUCAUUGGCCCUGUGCUUUGGUUUUCACACACUGUCUCUACACCAUAUGAGGCCUUCCUAACACACACACUCUCUGUCUGUCUGUCUCCGUGUAUCUGUCUGUUUGUUUGUGUUUGUCUGUCUGUGUUUCCACUGACAUCAUAAGCUCAGAUCCUCACACAUGCAAGAUAUUGAAAUAGACUGAACGAAUGAGAAACGAAUCGUCGACCUCAUCCAAGUGGGGACCACUUUUAUAAAAACCAACUUAAAAUGCACAUUUUGCAGAAUAGAUAGACUUAAUAAUACUGUUUCAGCACUUUCUAAUCCCGAGGAAUGACGAGGAGGACAUGGUGACAUCAUAGUUUCUACCCUCCAUCUCUGCUCGUUCCUGGGUCCAACGCGUUGAGAUGUCGAGGGCGGAGAUUUCAAAUAAAGUUUGACUUGAGACGACUUUACUUUUUGUUGUAUUGAUUUGUGCUUGUUUUGUGUUUUGUUUUCAAGACGGUUCUAUAUUUGACCUUUUCUUGUAUUUGGUCUCCUCUGUAGCACUCUUAAACCGUGACGGGAGAUGAAAGAAAGUGUUUUCAUCAAUGUUUCUCUUGAGAGGAGCACACUGACAGUUUCCUUGUUUCUACUUUUGUUUGACUGGCACACAAAGACGAAUGUUUGUUUGUGUUUCAGCGGUUUAAAAAAAUAAAUCAAAAUUUCUUUUCUUAAGAUCUUUUUUUGUUGUUGUUGUUGUUGUUCUUUUGGGGUUUUCUUUUCAAUAUCAGUCAUGAAUUCUCUGUUAAAUUGACUGUUGUUUGACAAAUGUCUGAACCGCUGGAUUAUAAACCUCAGGCUGAGAACUUUUACAGGCCCACAUUAUGACUUUAUUUCACCCUGAUGUGUGGGCUGCUUGAUAUUAUGGGUAUUGUAAUGACUCUUACUAUGAUUAUAAAUAUUGUUCAUUGUACUAUUAUUGAGCAUUCAGCCAUUGCUGGAUAGUAAAAACCGUGCGCACUCUUUAAGAAGGGAGACUGGCCUCCAAUUUCAUGUCUCAUCGGUGAGCUGGUAAACUGACAAGCACUCUCUCAGUAAGGCCAAACCCAGCCUGAACACACAAGAUAAAGCCUUGUUUCAAGAGACUUGUGAAACACUCCCUUGUCGAACACUGAGGGACGUUUGUUGCCGCUGGGUUAAACCGGACACUUGGCCACGGUUGACCACUGAGAACUAAAUGUCGGAGACUUAUUGACCACCUAAACCAACCUGUGUACAGAUGCUGUUCUCACAUAUCACCCUGACACACAGCAAUCAACAAUCUCUUAAUGUGUGCGUGCGUGUGUGUGUUUAUCUUACCAAAUUUGUACAACUACACUUUCGAGAAAUUGAACAUAUCUUUGAGAACAAAGGUAAUUUUUGAAUUUGUUGCCAAUGAAUGCUUACAAAUAUGUCUCUGUAAAAUUGUUUUUUUUUUAAUAGAGCGUUUGUGGCCCAAUUUGAACACUUCGCUCAUUCAGAAGAGUUUGUGUGAAUCAAAAUCUUAAAGGAGAACGUAGGCGGUUUCUUCACAGUUGAAUGAAUAAUCGGCACAUGUUGAGUAUAUUAAAUCUGAGGACAGAUACACAAAUACUUAGGAGCUCCCUCUAGUGCGCUGGCAGUGAAAUGCGACCCUGUCUGAUAAACAGCCCAGACUUUGUGAGGUUCGGUUAUCAUGAUAUGUCUAGUUCUUUUCAUUUCUGUUUUCUAUUAUUUUGAGAUUGAAAUGUAAAGUUGUGUUUUGAGACAUAAAGGAAGCCAUUGGUCAUUCCUCAGGAAGGAGUGGGUAUCAGAUAUAGCAGUAAAAGUGUUGCAGGUCUUGUUGUAAAGAGAUUUGAUGUCUUCCAUUGGAAGGGAAAUGGAAGCUUUCUCUAGUUUCUUUAUUCGCUUGCCAUUGGACAGAAACAUCUACGAUCACAGAACCACCGGAUUGGAUGUUAUCUACUAUAUGAAAACAUCGACUGAGAUGUCAUUUCGCUCAGUCUGUUUAUUAUUUACAUGGGUUUAGAGGUUACUGGUGUGUAAUAAACCAUGACUGUUAAAGAAAGAACUGAAUGUCAAAUCUAAUCCAGAGGUUCUGUUUUGGUAUGGAAAAUUUAACAGAGGAUUCUGGCCAGUAGCAAGAGAUUGGGAGAGGAGGUUAUGUUUUGCACCUUACUUAGUAAAGGAAAAUAUAUAGAUAUAAAUAUAUAUAUAUGAAACGUUAUAAAGCUCUAGGUAGGAAAUAAUUGUGAAAGACAAACUUAUUUGUUUUUUUCCAUAUGCGUGCAUACUCUGUAAGUUGUGUAAAAUAUUGUACUUGCACUAGCUUUUAUAAAAAGAAAACUAAUAUAAAAAAAGAAAAUUGAAAUUCUAUUUUCUAAUUGUGGUGUGUCUAUUUGUAGGAUACACUCACCUUGUUUCUUGAAUUUUUUUUUGGUCCCUUUCUUUGAUGGUGCUUGCCGGUUUUCUAGUUAGAAAUGAUUUCAUUAUUCUGAACAACAACAAAAUAUUUGAUUCAGGUUGUGAACAAAUUUGUUUUAAAAGAAAUUGUCUGUAUACCAGUACAAGUUUAUUGUUGCAGUAUACACAUACUAAUAAAAAUGACAGUGCCAAUUGCAAACCGCA